GAGCUCGUGCAGAGGUGGCCGGAUCGGACUCUGCGCGUGGGGGGGCGGAGGAAGAACCCCCCCAACCGACUGUGCAUCCAGGCUCUGCUGCUGGCUGUGGUGAGAGGACUGUCGGACCGAAGGUGUGCCCUGCAGGUCCUGGAUCUUUGUGGACUCCAGGGAGAUGAAGGAGGCAUGGGAGACCCCAUGGGGGGCUGGUCUCUGACCGUGGCUCUCUGCACCAUGGUGGUUCAGGCCGGAGCCGGAGCCCAGAGGGCUCAGAGGAGAGAGGGAGAGAGGAGAGAGGGAGAGAGGGAGAGGAAAAGGUUCUCAGAGCUGGAGAGAGAGAAGGACGUGAAGAGAGAGAGGGCGCUCUGGAAGAGGGAACCUAACGGGGACGAGGACAGAGGAUGGAUCGGAUCAUACGGGACUCUGAGUGAAGAGGAUCUGAGGAAAGGAGUCAGGAGGAGGAUGGAGACGGACAGAAGAAGAGAAACAGCUCUGACGGGUUCAGGAGGAAGUCGGACGGAGACACAGGAAACAGACGUCGGCCAUGUUGUGUUGGUGCACGUCAGGGCCGACCUGUUUGUGAACGCUCGCUCUUGGGAGCGUGUGCGUGCAGCUCUGAGCACACCGGGACCCCUCAAGCUUCAGUGCAGAUACCUCCGUGUGGAAGAGAUCUCAGUGUCCAGCAUCAAGACCCUCCUAGACCUGCUGCCCCGCCACAGUCUGCUGGGCAUCGAUGUGCGCUACAGCAGUCUGGGGGUGUCGGGCCUGGUGGAGCUGCUGCCUCUGCUCUCUGUGUUUCCUGCUCUGAGGUCUCUGCGCCUUCACUACUGUAACCUGGACUUCCGCAGAGACCACCCGGGUCAGGAGGAGGCUCUGAGGGACUUAUCUCAGGGUCUGGCUCAGCUGCAAGAACUGCGGCGUCUCAGCCUCACUGCUCUCAGACUGCCUGGACAGCUGCGCGUUCUGCUCAGCUCGCUGCCCCAGCCUCUGGAGAUACUGGAACUUCCAUAUUUGAGUCUGAGCCCGGCUGAUCUGUCCUAUCUGUCCUGCAGCCAUCAUGUGUCCACGCUGCAGCAGCUGGAUCUCAGUGAGAACCGUCUGGAGGAGAGCACCCUGCCCUCCAUCCGCCGCCUCCUCUCCCAGGCAUCCUGUAGUCUUCAGCAUCUUUCUCUAAGUGGGUGUGGCCUGACAGACGGCCUGCUGGCUCUCCUGCUGCCCUCACUGGGAGGCUGCUGCGCCCUCAAGAGUUUAGCUCUGGCCCUGAACCCGCUCUCCAUGGCGUGCCUCUUGGACCUGGUGAGGAUGGCUGUGAGAAUGCCCUCCCUGCGUCACCUCCUGUACCCGAACCCUCUGGAGGACUACCAGCCCGGACUCCCCGACCUGCCCUCCAGCGCUCAGCUCUUAGACUGGCCGCUGGACGGAGCCACAGAGAUCAACAUGACCAACAGCCAGCUGAACCGGGUGCUGAAGGAGAGCGGGCGCUCCGGCCUCUUCCUCACCUGCGACCUGCUCAACUAUGAUAAAGACCUGGUGGACUAGAGCGGAGGGGACGCUCGCCGACACACACCAGAGAAAUGUCAACAUUUGAAUUGUAUUGAUUUCUGCUUUUUAUGAAACCGGAUCAACAGUCUUCAGUACAAACAGCCGUGAAGUGAGGCCACAGAUUUUUAUAAACAGGAUCCCGUCCACACGCUGUGAGGGGUCAGAGCUAACCACCUCCAGCCUCCUGUACAUCAUGUGACCUUUAUGAGUGAAUAACAUCAACAAACUCUCACUUUGAUCUUUUUAACGUCUGCUCGCUCAACGUUUGAACAUUUGUUUCUAAAGAAAUAUUAACGUUUUUGUUCACUGAAAAAAAAAAACAUAUCUGGAUGAAUUCUCUGUAAAGAUCUUUUUGAUGCAUAUUUGUCUUCUUGAAUAUCUUUAAAAAUUCCUGAUUGUUUUUUCUGUUAAUUGAAUGUGUUUGUACCAACUCGUCCGUGUGCCAUGAAAUCAUUUACAUCCCGCCAGGCGCAGAAUAAAUCCUCAGAAAGUAA